GCUCGCUCCUCCACAAGUGCCAAGUCCAACAUGGCCAAGAAUACUGAGCCUGCAGUACGUUUGUCGUUGCUUAGUGCUAGUUCACAGCCAAAAGACCUCGAAGGAGGAGAUUAUGUCGGCGCCAAGACUCCGGAGCAAAGUGGGUACUCAGAUCAAGGUGCUCUUCGUCCUGGAGGUGAACCGGUGAUCACUAGCAGAGCCAACAUCGGUCUGCUGUAUCAGUACGCUGUUGUGGGCUUCAUCUCCGGUGUGCUACCCUCCACGAUCUACCCGUUCCUUCAGAUGUACCUCAAUUGUAGCGGAGCACAAGUAGCUACUGCUACAACAUUAGUGUCGCUCCCGUCGAGUUUCAAGGUGUUUUUCGGUAUCCUCUCGGACUGCUUCCCCAUCUUCGGCAACCGACGACGUCCGUACAUGGUCAUCGGGUGGUCUAUCUCAGUAGCUAUGCUUCUUGUGAUGGCAUGCUUGCCCAUUGGUGAUCCAUACUACACAGAUGCUGACGAUCGAUACGUCGAUGUGUCGGAGUACACCCCCGAGAUCGAAGCAAGAAUCAACUACGACGCUCCAUCGGAAGGCGGCAGGUACGUCAUGCUCAUGUUCUUCGCUGCAGUAGGUUACGUGCUGUCCGAUGCUUGCGCCGACGCUAUCAUGGCGGGUUUGGCUCAACAGGAGUCAUAUGAGAGACGAGGCAAACUUCAGACCAUGACGUACACGGUGCAGACAUUCGUGACGGUGAUCAGCUACCUGAUUGUCGGUUUCUGCUUCAAUGGUGAGGAGUAUGGCGGCAAUUUCGACUACUCGCUGAGCUUUCCCGAAUUGAUGGGGAUCCUUACAGUGCUUACGGCUCCUACUAUCCCUAUCACAUGGUUCUUCAUCAAGGAGGACCGGCUGACUGUCUCGCCGGACUUCAAAGACUACAUGGUAGGCUUAUGGAACCAGAUCUGCAAGCGAGCUGUGUUCCAAGUCAUCGCGGCCUUGUUCUUCUACACUUUGAUCUGCAAUAUCUCGUACACGGCCUACUCGCCCAUCCAGUCGUAUAUGGUGAACGUGACCCCCAUCAAUAGUACGCUCGGAGACGCACUGAGCUACCUCUUCUACAUGUUCGGCAUGAUGGCUACGUCCAGGUGGGGUUUGCACUGGAAUUGGCGCGUGAUGAUUGUCAUCACAGGCGUGAUCUUGAUCGUUAUCGACGGCACGUGCAAUCUCCUCAUCGUCUGGAACGUGUAUCGUAGUCAAUGGUUUUGGCUCGGCCCGCCGAUUGUUGCGCAGCUUCCCAAUGGUAUCAGCUUCAUGGUCAGUACUCUGGUGAUCGUGGAGCUUGUCGGUGAAGGUAAUGAAGGCGCCAUGUACGGACUCAUGACUACGAUCUCGGGCAUCGCGUCUCCGUUCGCGACGUCACUCACUGUAAUUAUCAACAAUCCGUUUGACAUCACCAACGAACGCGUGCAGGAGGACGACCACUCUAUCCACGUGGACAUCACGUACACGAUGAUCAUUGCAUACGGCGCAAUGGUAGUGUCUUGGAUCUUUCUGCUGUUGCUACCCAAGCAAAAGCGAGAGACUCAAGAACUUCUGCGUACGGGUGGAUCGAACAAACUGUUGGGUGGACUCACGAUAUUUUACUUAUCCUUCUCGCUGGUGUGGGCUGUAAUGGUCAACAUCAUGGCCAUCUUCGAUAGCACCUCAUGUCUUGUCAUUGCUGGUGGCGACGGGUGCUAACAUACUCACGAUAAACCGUGUACAAGCAACAAGAUUGAUAAUUCAUAAAUUCAUCAUUCAAAACACAGACGUACAACAUGCACUGUGUACAAAUAAACACACUUACUCCUGCUGGAA